UCGCGUUAGUUCGCGUUAGUACGUCACACAUGCGGAAGUGUUUUGUUGUUGGACCACCGUGCUGUGUUUGUAGCAAUGCUGAACGGUUAUAAGUACGAUUGUGCUUUUUUCACAUUAACAUUACAGUCGUUUCUAGAUAGUCUGUGUUUCUUGCGUCAUUAAGUAUCCUCGAAACUACAGUCUGUGUGUCAUGCAUGGCCGCAUACAGCAUCUUAAGAUAUGCUCACUUGCUAUUAAAGAAAGGACUGCCCAGCAAACUUGUCUGGACAAAACCAAAUAACACUUCAGUGGUGGUGUCAGCUCAGGUUGUAUUAAUGACUGCACUGACAGACUUUGAACCUUCAGCAAAGAGACUUAGGGUUGAAAUCAGUUCUUCUCUCCAAGCCCCAUUUUCAUGUAUUCAGACCAGAAGAGACGAUGACACGGUAAAUCAAGAAAGGAGGCAAAACGACACAAAGACGAAGAUGGACGUGCGACCAAAGACUGGAGCAGAUAGUUUGCGAGGUGUAAAGACAAAAGGUGAUUGUCAAAGAAUCAGCCCCAGACGGUUCAGAAAUACUCUGAACCAAUGGUUGGUUAAGCCCCAAAAAAACCCAAAUACAGCUGAAGCGUGCCAAACCCAAGAAGAUGUAGAGAUGGCCGACGACUGUGACUUUCAGAGCACCUCAGCUCAGGUUCUGGACUGCCAAAAUGCUGAAAAUCCCACUCUGUCUGACGCAGAUGAAAAAACCCAACCUUUGACACCACAAGAGCUGGAUGAAGACACACCUGUAUCACCAGCUUCCAGUGACUCUGCAGGAGGUGGGCUAAGGCACACACUGUCCCACAAUGACAGUGGAUUAGAGAAAGAAGAAGAAGUGGAGACAUGCUUAGCCAACUCAGAGCGCUCUGUCAAACACAAUGCCAAAAUAACAGACUUCUUUUCAGCGACAUCAUCAACAGGUUCAACUGUGAGAAGGGGAAGGCCAGAAAAAUCUCGAGAGAAACGAGAUGCAGACAAAGAAUCUACUUCACCUGUUGUCAACCCUGAGGUCAAAUGGCUGGGGACGCCAAUCAACGAACUAAAGAGAAUGCCUGAAUGUGGCGGACUUCUACCUCCGUUGAGGGAUGUUCCUGGCCUGCACACUGUGAUGAUACGGACAGACCUUCUUGAGAAUGGUAAAGUGUCUGUUCCAUAUCCUGCAAAGUUUAAGGAUACUUGGGAUGAUGUCCAUGUCAAGAUGCCCUGUUCCAGUUGGAACCUGUUUCCUGUACAGGAUGAGGUAACAGAAGAACUUCAGAAUAAGAGUCGCUGGGAGUUGAUCAAGGAGACUUUAAACAACACAUUUUCAAGUCAACCCGAGUUGAAGAAUGCAAUAUUGAAAUACAGUGCGUCGCUGGCCAAGAAAUGGGACUUCACCGCAUUACGUUUAUACUGCACCAAGGUCCUGGAGCCUGAUGCUGCUGAACAUCUGUUUGGCUCCCUGCUGCCAGACAUGGUGCAAUUAGCACUGAGAGCAUCUGAGCUCUGUACCAAGCCGAUACCCCUCCUCAAAGAAGGCAUGAACCACUCCAUCACCAUGUCUCAGGAGCAGGUGGCAUGUCUGCUCGCCAACGCCUUCUUCUGCACCUUCCCCCGACGCAACUCCAGACGGAAUGAAUACUGCAACUACCCAGACAUCAACUUCUUCAGGCUGUUCGAGGGAUCCUCUUCAAGGAAGAUUGAGAAACUGAAAACCCUGAUGUGCUAUUUCAAAAGUAUCACCGAGCAAAAGCCUACUGGACUUGUAACAUUCACACGGAAAAGCUUGGAUAAACCUCUGAAUUGGAAAAGCUCACAGACUCGACUCACAAAGCUCCACAUUACUUGUGAAGGGUCCAUUGAGGAUGACGGUCACGGAAUGCUUCAGGUGGAUUUUGCCAAUAAGUUUGUGGGAGGAGGAGUCACCAGUUCUGGUCUCGUCCAAGAGGAAAUCCGUUUUCUAAUCAAUCCUGAGCUCAUUGUGUCUCGCCUCUUCACUGAAGCCCUGGAUCAUAAUGAAUGUCUGAUCAUCACAGGUACGCAGCAGUACAGUAAAUACACAGGCUAUUCUCAGACCUACCAGUGGGAUGGCAGCCACCAGGACACAACUCCAAGAGAUGGCUGGCAGAGAAGAUGCACUGAGAUUGUGGCCAUUGAUGCGCUGCAGUUCAGGAACUUUCUUGAACAGUUCCAUCCAGAGAAACUAAACCGAGAACUAAACAAGGCCUACUGUGGCUUUGCUCGGCCCGAAGAACGAAGCCAAAACCUUGCGUCAGUGGCUACAGGGAACUGGGGCUGUGGGGUUUUUGGAGGUGACACACGUCUCAAAGCUCUGCUACAGAUGCUGGCAGCUGCUGAGGCGUGCCGAGAUGUGGCUUAUUUCACCUUUGGUGACAGCCAGCUCAUGACAGAUGUCCACAAGAUGCACUCUUUCCUAACUCAGAGGAACAUCAGUGUAGGGGAGGUGUAUGAUCUCCUGGGGCAGUACUACAGCUCAGUGUGCAAGAGCUGCCUCAGUCGGCGCCCUGACGUCAGCCUCUACUCGUUCAUCUACCAACAGGUCAGCUCCUCCCCGGCGCCAGAUGACUCCGACGGGGGCUCGGCCAGACAUCACGUCCCUGCAGACUGCCGUUAAGGUCAGGUGGCUGAUGAGUCACCGUGCCUUAUUUAAAAAAAACAGAAAAAAACUAAAACGAUUUAAAACCUUUUCCGGCUGCCUUUUGCUUUUAGUUUUUAGCUUCAUUUUGUUUUGUCAGACAAACUUGAUUAACAGUGGUGGAUUAACCAAAUGUGGUCUCCACCACUGGGGGCCAAAAAUGACAAUCAAGCAUGCAGAUCAUCUCCAAAAACAACAGAACUGCAGAGGGCGAUUAGUUACGACCCCGUCUGGCGCCGUGUCCAUUUUGCUGCUGCCGGUAAUACGCCAAUGGAUUGAGCUUCAAUACAACGCAAUUGUGAAUUUAAUGGUGAAGCAAAGGUUGCCAUCCAUCUUCCGAGUUUGUCGUGUUGCCAUUUUUUUUUUUUACACCCACACAUAUCCAGCCUAAUUGAAUUGGCUGUCAGAAAUCAAGUUAAAGGAAAAGAAUAACAAGAACUGUGUUUGGAAAGCUUGCAGCGCUCUCAGGAAAGAAGUUUGAUUUAAAGAGCAGCGUGGCUCUUUGGGAAAUAAUCUUUUACAUUCUGCAUUCACAGCAACAUUCUAGUUGAAAUCAUUGGUCCAUUCAUAAAUUUUUCGGAUUCUUUGCUGUAUGUGAUCCACACUCUAAGGAACCAAGUUACGCACUUAAAAUAUGAUUUUGAUUGGUUUGUUUUCUGUAUUUAACAACAAUUUUAAUGUAAAGCUCUUAGUUGUUAUUUGAUAGAUUUUUCUUUUCAAACAGCCUGAAUAAAAUCA